AUGAUUGUUCGCAAGGAUUCUUCGUGCUGCACGUUUAUGUUUUGAAUCACCUUGAUUGAAGCUGGAGAUAAAGCAAUUGCAUUUCCAUUUUUACUUCCCCCAGAGACAGACCAUUAGGAAAUCCCAUAUAGUUGGGAGGGAUAUAGAUUGCCGUUGCUGCACCCUUCCAUACAUUAAUUAAAACCGGGUAUCGCCAGUUGAAGACGCGCGUUCCUGGUGGGAUGUCUUCGGGAGGUAAGCAGGCAGACGCCGCCGGGCAGGCACACAUCGCUCGGAGCCUAUGAUCAUCGUGCAGGGACUGUUACGAGAUUGGCGAGCGGAAGGCAGGCUGAGAAGGGAUCACCAUGACAACUGGAGGGGGUGUACGUUUGGUGCUGCUGUCAAUCACUCUGAGCGUGGCGGUGGCUCAGCGGACGGUCAUCGAAACGACCACGGGUAAAGUACGGGGGAAGGUGCUGAACCUGUACGGGCGGCAGGUCGUCGCGUUCUUAGGGAUCCCCUACGCGGAGCCGCCGAUAGGUCCGCUGAGAUUCAAGCCGCCGCAACCUGCCAAGAACUGGACUUCCGUGUUCGACGCUUUCCAGUACGGCAACUCCUGCUACCAAAUCAAGGAUACCCUAUUUCCUAAUUUCACGGGUUCGGAGGCUUGGAAUGCCAACACCCCGCUCAGUGAAGACUGCCUGAAAAUAAACGUGUGGAUGCCCAACCCUCCACCUGCCGACAAAACAGUCAUGGUCUGGAUCUAUGGAGGUGGGUUCUGGUACGGGACGGCGUCUCUGGACUAUUACGACGGAAAGACGAUUGCAGCUAUAGAAAACGUUGUCGUGGUGUCGAUGAACUAUCGUGUGGGUUCGCUGGGGUUCCUGGCACUGGGGCAUCAGGACGCACCCGGGAACAUGGGCCUCAUGGACCAAAACCUUGCACUACAGUGGGUACAGAAAAACAUCGCCUUCUUCGGAGGCGAUCCGCAGAAGGUGACCAUCCUUGGUGAGAGUGCCGGCAGCGUGAGUGUGGGCUAUCAUCUGCUAUCGCUAAAAAGUCGAAACCUUUUUACAAGGGCAAUCAUGCAGAGCGGAGCCCCGAAUUGUCCGUGGGCGUUUAUAACAAACAAGGAGGCACUUCGAAGAGGGAAGGCGUUCGCACGCGCGGUGGAGUGCCCUACAACAGUCCCACUGGACCAGACUAUAGAGUGUCUGCGAUCAAAGCCAGCAGAGUACAUCAUCGCUAAAGAGUGGGUCACAUCGGACCCGAUCUUCAGGUUCCCUCACGUCCCUGUUAUUGACGGCACGUUCAUCACAGAAGACCCCAAAACCUCCAUAAGGAGGGGAAACUUCAAGAGGUGCAACCUCCUGGCCGGCGCAGUCAAAGACGAGGGGACGUUCUUCCUCAUCUACGGAGCACCAGGGUUUUCCAAGCAGACGGAAAGUUUGAUAAGUCGCUCGCAGUUUCUAGAGGGGGUCAAGAUGUCUGUACCAGAAACGAACUCCUUCGGCGUCGACGCCAUAGCCUUUCAGUACACCAACUGGUUGAAGGAGAACGACGGCGUGAGCAACCGGGAUGCCCUGGAUGAUGUUGUCGGGGACCACAACGUCAUCUGCCCGCUGAACGACUUCGCACACGCCUACGCGUCCUUCGGACAGUCUGUGUACAAGUACAGCUUCGAGCAGAGGGCGUCGAACCUGGUCUGGCCCAAGUGGAUGGGAACGCCGCAUGGCUACGAGAUCGAGUUUCAGUUUGGACUGCCUCUGGAACCCAAGAGGAACUACACACGUGACGAGGCCAACUUCAGCAGAAGGAUGAUGAGGAACUGGGCUAACUUUGCACGGACCGGGAACCCAAACAAGGAGUCGUUUCAGACGUACAGUCAGGAACUGUGGCCCAGGUACACCGUGAGCGGGAGACAGUUCAUCACCCUGGACAUCAACCCGCCAAAACUCGGGCAGGGGCCCAGGAUAGACGAGUGUGCGCUGUGGUCAGAGUACCUUCCCAAACUGACGCGCCAAACAAGUGAUAUCUCGGAGGCAGAAAGACUGUGGAAGGAGGAGUUUAAGUUGUGGACCAAACAGUACAUGGAGGACUGGAAAGCGCAGUAUAAAGACUACGUCACCUACAGAGACCAGGGCUGCCCAAGGCCGUCAAAUUAGAACGAUUUGUCCGCAUCUGUAAUGCAUAGAAACAAAGUACAUUUAGUUAUACUAAACACAAGUAUGUCACGUUUCCAAAAUUUGGAAAUCUAUGAUGUUUCGCGUUAAAAAAUAUGGUGUAGAUAAGAUUGAGGUGAUGGAAAAAAAUAUUUGAGGAAUAAAACUUGCUGUCAGUAAAAUUGUUUGAGAGUAUUUUCACAUCGUAUUUAUUAUACCAUAUGUUACACGCAAAAAAGUCCAAUGUAGAAUACAACAAAGUGUGUUGAAGAUUUUACAUAGCUAUGAUUUAGUGCAAGAAACCGGGAAUAUAUUUGAAGCCCUUUUCUUUCCUAUAUAACUACCUCUUACAGGCUAGCCUAUUCACUUAAUGCUCUAGCCAUGCCCUGUAGCAAGAUUCUAGUUCCAGCUUUUCCAUAAUUAAUCAUUUCAUUACUUUAUAGAAUUUUAAAGUACCAGAUCCACCGAUGAGUGACCUAGAGGUUAAUACCGGGGUAUCCCUGGAUUUGGGCUUUAAGAUGGGACGAGUGGUGAAAAAUGGAUGGCUUAUGUUCGUGUCAUGCAUUUUACUGAGAAAUCCGUCCUUCUUACAAGAAAAGCCUGUGGCAAAAGAGAUGUAUUGAUUCGUUUAAACUCUAGAGAAAUGUUCGAUUUGAUGAAUAUACCAAGAAGUGUUUCUGGCCCACUCCAUGUUUGAAAGAAAUCGAAAAGACAGCCUGUGGGAAUUGGUGGCCAGGAAAUGGUUAGAUUUCAAACCCUGUUUUUUUUUUCAACCCAGGAAUAGAAAAAAACUCCCUAUUACAUUAUUAUUUCUGUUUGGCUGAUUCCUUUGAUUGCCAAAAUGGUAAAGGCAGCAUGGUACUUAAAACAAUUGAACGUGACAGGAGAAAUUGAGAGAUUUGGCCACGGUAAGCUUGAUAAAAUGCAAA